CAGUCUACGCUGCGACCCCGCUCAGCACGUACCAAGACCGCUCUUACGUAAGGAACCAUAAGGCAGUCGGCGGGCAUAUAGCUCUGCAGAUAUAGCGGCGUACCUUCGGGCCAAAUUUUCAGAUCCGUGAUCUCAUAGGGGAUGGUGGCCAACAGAUGCGCUGUGUGCCUGAUCUGUCUUGCGUCACUUGUCGCCAUGUCUGCACAAGACUUGUACACAAACCAAAAGAGAGACGAAGUAAUGCAAGAAACUUAUUUACCAGAUCAUCAGUUUUCAAACCGAGACGCGAGGCAGAGCAAGUUCUGGAGUGGCAGUCGGUACGGGCGUGCGGGUCAGGACGUGCCGCAACCGCGACUAGAGGUCGAGCCUCGGGGCGACCGCUUCUUCAUGGGUAGUCGCUACGGCAAGCGGAGCGGCGCUUGGUCUGAGAUGGCAGACAUGUCAGAGCCAGAUUCAGUCAACUGUCUCUACACAGGCAUAGUGAACCUCUUUCGCUGCACACACCUCAACAGGAAGGUUUCAAAUGAGGAGCAGUCAGAAGAAGAUAUCAACUAAUCCCUGCCAUUCCCAACCAAAGACAGUGCAUUUUUGAGUUUGGUGAUCUCUUUAUGUUUAUUCCAGAUUGUAAAUGUGUCAAAAAUAUGUUAUUUUAACAUGUAAAUUGUGGAAUUUAUUUUGUCAAAUGACUGGUUGUUGAAUAUGUAUUGUAUUUAUAAAUAAAUAUUUUGAUUGCUCAUCAUAAACAAAUCAG